AUGGUUCUUGGUAGCCCAUUCGAGGUGUGGUGUGAUCAGGAUACCGACUUCGGCGGUUGGACCGUCAUACAGCGGCGUGUAAGUGCUGAUGUGGACUUUUAUAGGAAUUGGACGGACUAUAAGGUCGGUUUCGGCAACUUGGCCGAUAACUAUUGGAUCGGGAUCGAUGAGCUGCAUGCACUCACUAUAAGCUGUGAACAUGAGUUGUACAUAAAAAUAGAAACCUCCGAUGGUGCGAAAUACUAUGCGAAAUACAGUAUAUUCGUUGUGGGUAGCGAGGCGGAGGACUUUGUUCUAAGCGAUUAUAAAGGAGAUGCCGAAGAUAUUUUAAAAUAUAACGAAGGCAGUACAUUCAGCACGUACGAUCGUGAUAAUGACCAAAAGGACGAUAGAAAUUGCGAAAAGAUUGAUCGUGGCGCCUGGUGGUAUCAUCGUUGCUAUUUGAGCAACUUGAACGGCGAUUAUACAGAGAGUGAUAGCGGUCAGGGUAUAGUGUGGAUAGGUAUGAACAGAAGUAAGUCAUUGAAAUUCGUACAAAUGAUGAUACGCCCGACGCCGGCCUGCAUGAAGUCGCUGAAACAAUAAAAUACUUUUACGACAUGACGCUCAAGUGCUGACCUAUAGACCUAUG